CGGCUCCCAGUCGGCGCUCAAGGAGCGGCGAGCGCGCGCGGUGCCGGCGUUCGCGUCCUCCGCGGGAUUUUCACCCACGGUGCGUCCAACCCGCGUGGCUCCUUUCCACGCAGAGCCGGCGGUGGAGGCGCGCGGAGCAGCCCACGCGCGCGCAGCCGCCGCACCGGGUGCCACAGGUGUGAAGACCAGACCUGAAGGGUGGAUACAAUUGGCAAAGAAGCUGCUGACACACACCUGGUUACAUAAUCUUUUUUUCCCCAUGUGGCCAUGUGCUGAUGUGGGUGACCUUUUGACCUUCCUUUGACUUCCCAAUUUGUCGUGACCAGUUUGUCCCACAAGGCCAGUGACAGUUCCAUGGAGUGAAGAGGAGGUGCAUUUUGGGGACAUGGUGUGGUUGGCUGCUUGUAGCCCCCCCACCGGCCUUGCCCCCCUUGCUUGAGUGUACUUUUUUCCUUGCAUUUAUGGAUAGUUUGUCAUCUUGUCAAAGGAUGGAUUUAACAUCAGAAGCCAGCAAGCAUGGGAAGAAAGCAGCAAGUCAUAAGCUGGAGGACCAGAAGAAGAUCUACACGGACUGGGCCAAUCACUACCUGGCCAAGUCGGGCUGCCCGCGCCUCAUCAAGGACUUGGCACAGGACAUCGCCGAUGGGGUCCUGCUGGCCGAAAUCAUCCAGAUCAUUGCGAACGAGAAGGUGGAAGAUAUCAAUGGCUGCCCGCGAAGCCGCUCUCAGAUGAUUGAGAACGUGGACGCCUGCCUCAGUUUUCUGGAAGCCAGGGGAGUGAACACGAAAGGCCUCUCCGCUGAAGAGAUCAGGAAUGGCAAUCUGAAGACCAUCCUGGGGCUCUUCUUUAGCCUGUCCCGCUACAAGCAGCAGCAGCAGCACCAACAGCAGUACUACCAGUCCCUUGUGGAGCUCCAGCAGCACGUCACGCAUCAGACCACCAGGGCGGCGCCAGCGAGUCCCCACAAGACACAGGACAUGCAGUCCAGCCUCACUGCCCGAUAUGCGGCUCCGGCCAGUCACAGCGGCAUAGCGGCUCCUCCCAAGAAGACAACCCGGCUACCAGGACCUGCCAGGGUCUCAGCUGCAGGCAGUGGCACCACCAGCAAGGUCCAUGGUGCUUCUAACCUCAACCGGCGGAGCCAAAGCUUCAACAGCAUAGACAAGAGCAAACCCCUGCAGUAUGCGAGCGGCAACGACAGAGAGUCAGUGACGAGCAUCCCAUACCUGGCGGGUAUGAAUGGCAGCUCCCCUCCACCGCCCUGCGCUGAUGGCCAGCAACCGGUUUCUGGGAUCCCGUGGCGCAGCAAGUCGAUGAACAUGAAGCACAGCGCCACCUCCUCCAUGCUGGCUGUCACGCCGCCCAGUCCAGUGACCUCCCCCACGCCUUCGCCGCUCUUCAGCCCCACCUCUGGCCCUAACUAUGACCGUCUCCGGCCCCCGCUGGCCGAGGCACCGAAGGCGGUCAGCGGGGGCCAGAGGUCCAUGCUGGAGAGGUUCAAGCUCAUCAACACGCGGCCGUCCACCCGGCACCCGCCCUUCCCCGGGCCGGGUUCGGUGACGGAGCUUCCUUUGUGCGAGGAGGAAGUGCUGCUCGAAUAUGGGGAAGAAGGACUUAUGGGCCCUGGAUCAGCCUGCAGCAGUCCCCGCCAGCCCCUCAAGUCCACCAGCACUGGCCUGCUCAAAAGCUCUGGCAAGGCCUCUGCAGCCAAAAUGACUAUCCAGCCCAAGGAGAAGGAGGACAAGGCCAAGGGCAAAUCUAAAGCCAGUACUCCCAACAAGGAGGAGAAAGAGCAAUCUGUCGAGCCCUCGAAGAAGACCUCCAAGAUCGCCAGCCUCAUCCCCAAGGGAGGAAAGUGCUCUGCGGUAAAGAAGGAGAGCCCCGCCCCAGUUUCCAGCGGCAUCCCCAAGCCCGGUGUGAAAGCGUCACCCAGCGGGACCAAACUGGCACCUAGUGGGGCUGCCCUGGGCGCAGGGGGCCGCGAGGGGGACGCGGCAAAGCCGACCAAGGGCAGUCAGCGGCAACUUGGGGGGCCGACAGGCCUUGGGGGCCGACGCCCCAGCAUGGUUUCCUCCUCCAGUACCUCGGCGCUGAGCCUCGACAGCGCCUCUCCAGCGGCAGGGAACGGGGUGGUGCAGCUUCCCCAGCAGCAGCAGCUCAACCACCCCAACACGGCGACUGUUGCCCCCUUCAUGUACAGGACCUAUUCCGAGAACGACUGCACCAGUGUGGCUCCCGCCGACCCCUGCCUCAGCCCCUCCAAGACCGACCUGGUCUAUGGAAAGACCGCCAAGCAGUGCCUGGAGGAGAUCUCGGGCGAGGACCCCGAGACGAGGCGGAUGCGAACGGUGAAAAACAUUGCCGACCUGCGGCAGAACCUCGAGGAGACUAUGUCCAGCCUGCGGGGGACACAGAUCGGUCACAGCACCUUGGAGACGACCUUUGACAGCACAGUGACCACAGAGGUGAACGGGCGCAGCAUCCCCAGCCUUGGCAGCCGCUCCUCCCCCAUGUCCUGGCGCCUGGGCCAGUCGGCCAGCCCCCGUCUCCAGGCCGGCGACGCCCCCUCGCUGCCCGGCGCGUACGCUGCUCCGAGGGCAGUACCCGCAGGCCGCUUCGCGCCCACGGACCCCUCUCGCUUCAUGUACGCGGCACCCCUGAGGAGGGCGGCAGCGGGAGCGAGAGGGGUGGAGCUGCCUGAGAAGGGUGGCGUGGAGGGGGUCACUGAGGUGGGGGUGGAGUCGGAGGUGACCGGCUACGUGAGCGAUGGAGACAUCCUGGCAAAGAAUGUCAGACCGGAGGAAGUCAGCAGUGGGUACCUGACAGACGGGGGUCUGAACUUCUAUCCUCAGAACGCAAGCCGUGGCCCUGAGCCGAGUGCAGGGCGCGACCCCCACCAGAAGGCGCUCGGAGACGUGCAGGUGGAUCCCGACAGCGCUCCCUGUUCCUCCGCCAGCUGGGACGACAGCAGCUCCGUCAGCAGCGGCCUUAGUGACACGCUGGACAACGUCAGCACGGACGACCUGAACGCGCCCUCUUACCGCGACGUCACAUCUUCGCCCCGCAAGACCAAAGGGCCCCAGAUGGACCCCCCAAAGCGCACGGCCCUCGACCACGACGGCGGCAGCACCUGGGCCGGGACAGAUGGCCUGAAGACGGAGGAGGAGGAGGAGGAGGACCAGGGCGAUACCACGGAGCCAAUGUCCAAACGGAAGCCGUCCUCCCCUUCCCCGGGACAGUAUGAGGACGCAGAGCGGCUGGGCCAGAGGACGUGUCUGUCCCUCUCCCACACGGGAUCCUGGAGGCGGGGCAUGACUCCCCCCAGGACCAAAGGCACCCCAGGGACGCUGAAAAGCCCCGGUAAAACGGAUGAUGCCAAGGCAUCGGAGAAGGGCAAAGCUCCGCCCAAGGGAUCCGGUGUCCAGCGUUCACCUUCCGAUGCCGGCAAGAGCAGCGGGGACGAGAGCAAGAAGCCCCCCUCAGGGAUCGUCCGGCCCCCUACCACCGGUUCCUUUGGGUUCAAGAAGGCGACAGCCAGCCCGGGCCAGCUGGUCACAGCCAGCGGGGCCACGCUGACCAGCGGCUCAUCUACGCUGGGGAAGGCGCCCAAGUCUUUAACGUCCGGGAGGAGCAACGGUGGCGCGACCACAGGAGGGCGCAAGACCAGUCUAGAUGAGUCGCAGCCGCAGGAUGACGGCGCGCUGCUGGGUUGCGGCAGUCCCCGGGCUCCACUGCAGUACCGCUCGCUGCCCCGGCCAGCUAAGUCCUCCAGCAGCGGUGCGGUGACCCGGCGCUCAGGGUCCAGUAGCGCCGACACUGCUGCUGCAGGCAAACCGGCCGGUGCCAAGCGUCGGGACGGCGGGAAGGUGGGCUCGGGUCGCUCCAGCCCCGUCACGGUCAACCAGACGGACAAGGAGAAGGUAGCCGUGUCCGACUCGGAGGCUCCUGGCCUGUCGCCCAAGUCCAGCCCCACCUCCACGGGUCAGUCUGGGCUCCGGCAACCUGGGUCCAAAUACCCCGACAUCGCUUCCCCUACCUUCCGCAGGUUGUUUGCCGCCAAGGCCGGCAGCAAGGCCAGCUCCCCGGGCACCCCAGACUCGGGAAAGUGCCCCUCGCUGCUGGGCAGCCCCCACGGCACGCUGGCGCGCCAGAUCAGCCUCGACUCUCCGUCCUCGGGCACCGGCAGCCUGGGCAGCGGAGGGCACAGCGGCGGCAGCAGUCCCCUGUAUGGACUGGGCACCGGCGACGCCGCGGGCGGAACCGGGCAGUCGCCGGCAUCCAGCCCCGCCUCCGCCCUCUCGCCGGCCCCGGGGACCAGGCCCUGGGCCCCCCUCAGCAGUUCGUCGGCCGGCAGCAAGGACACGCUGGGCUACCAGAGCAUGAGCAGCCUGCCCACCAGCUCCGAGUCCAUCGACCUCGUGGGCCACCACGGCUCGGCCCCCCGCGCGGCCAGAACCGGCAGCGUCAAGUCCACGCUGUCCGAGGGCAUUCCACUGGACAGGAACACGCUCCCCAAGAAGGGGCUGAGGUAUCCCCCUUCAUCUGGGCAGAUGUCUCAAGAGGAGGGGAAGGAGUGGCUUCGCUCGCACUCCACAGGGGGCCUGCAGGACACCGGGAGCCAGUCCCCCUUGUCUCCUCCUGGUGCAGCCUCCACAACGGGAAAAUACCACUACUCCAACCUGCUGAGCCCCACCAACCCGUCCCAGUUCCCCUUACCCGGGACCAGCAUGAGCCGCUCCAACAGCAUCCCAGCCCAGGACUCCUCGUUCGACCUGCGCGGGGAGGCACACGCGCUGGGCGGCAGCGCCACCUCCCUGGAGGAGCGCCCUCGGGGCAUGAGCCGCUCGGCAUCUUUCCGAGACAGCAUGGAGGAAGUCCAUGGAUCAUCUCUGUCACUGGUGUCCAGCACAUCCUCUCUCUACUCCGCUACCGAAGAAAAGGCUCAUUCGGAACAAAUCCGCAAGCUGCGCCGUGAGCUGGACGCUUCCCAGGAAAAGGUGGCAAAGCUCACCUCUCAGCUGUCAUCCAACGCUCACCUGGUGGCAGCUUUUGAGAAGAGCCUGGGGAACAUGACGUGCCGCCUGCAGAGCCUCACCAUGACCGCCGAGCAGAAGGAAUCUGAACUGGCUGAGCUCAGGGAGACAAUCGAGGCGCUCAAAGCCCAGAACACCGAUGCCCAGACGGCCAUACAGGUGGCCCUCAAUGGGCCUGACCACCAGCACAAAGACCUGAGUAUCCGGCGGCAGCAUUCCUCUGACAGCAUGUCCAGCAUCAACAGCGCCGCCAGUCACUCCAGCGUGAGCAGCACUGCGGACGCAGAGGCCAAGAAGAAGAAAAAGAAGAGCUGGCUGCGCAGCUCCUUCAAGCAGGCCUUCGGCAAGAAGAAGAACGCCAAGCCGCCGUCGCCCCACUCGGACACAGAGGAGCAGAUCCUGGACUCCUGCACGCCCUCCUCGCCCAAGCUGCAGCCCGCCGCCAAGCAGGGCGGUGUCAGCCUGCUCCGGGUCUCGCCCUCCACCGCAGACCUCUGCGAAUGUACCGAGGCAGAGGCCGAGAUCAUUCUGCAGCUCAAGAAUGAGCUGCGGGAAAAGGAGCUGAAGCUGACGGACAUCCGCCUGGAGGCGCUGAGCUCCGCCCACCAUCUGGACCAGAUCCGCGAGGCCAUGAACCGCAUGCAGAACGAAAUUGAGCUCCUGAAGGCGGAGAACGACCGGCUCAAGUCCACGGGAAGCAACACCCCCGUAGCCACCCCGGCCAAAACUGCCCGCCCCCCCUCGGAGACUUCCAGCACCUCCUCGUCCUCCUCGCGUCAGUCGCUGGGACUCUCGUUGAACAACCUCAACAUCGCUGACACCAUUAUGUCCGAUAUUCUCCUGGAUGAUGGGUACGAAGGCAAUUUGCGCAAGGAGGGACGCAGCGUGCGAAUCGUGGUGACCAUGAACAACAGCGCCAACAGAACCAAGGAUUUCAAGAGCCAGGAAUACCUCAUUGGGUCCAUUGGGGUCAGUGGAAAGACCAAGUGGGACGUGUUGGAUGGAGUUAUCCGGCGCCUCUUCAAGGAGUACGUCUUCCGCCUGGACCCUCUCACCAGCUUGGGCCUCGGCUCGGACAGCAUCGUGCGCUACCGCCUGGGGGACGUGGUGCGUUGCCACGGCUCGGAGCUGCCUGAGCUGCUGCCCUGCGGUUACUUGGUGGGGGACAACAACACCAUCAUCGUAAGCCUCAAAGGCGUCAAGGAGAACAGUAUCGAUGGACUGGCCUUCGACACACUCAUCCCCAAGAGCAUCAUCCAGCGGUACCUCAACCUGCUGGUGGAGCACCGGCGCAUCAUCCUGUCCGGACCCAGCGGCACCGGGAAGUCCUUCCUGGCCAGCAAGCUGGCCCAGUACAUCGUGGCCAAGUCGGGCCUAGAGGUCACAGAGAGCAGCCUGGCAUGCUUCAAUGUGGACCAGCAGUCCAGCAAGGAUCUGCGGCAGUACUUGUCCACCCUGGCAGAGCAGUGUAACUCAGAGGACAGCGACACGGAGGUCCCCACCGUGGUCAUCCUGGACAACCUCCACCACGUAGGAUCCCUGAGCGACAUCUUCAACGGCUUCCUCAACUGCAAGUACAACAGGUGCCCCUACGUCAUUGGGACCAUGAGCCAAGGGGCGUCCUGUUCACCCAACCUGGAGCUCCACCACAAUUUCAGAUGGGUGCUGUGCGCCAACCACACAGAGCCGGUGAAGGGCUUCCUGGGCCGCUACCUGCGGAGGAAGCUCAUCGAGACCGAAAUCGAAAAAAACGUGCGCAGCAACGACCUCAUCAAGAUCGUGGACUGGAUCCCAAAGACCUGGCAGCAUCUCAACAGCUUCUUGGAGGCGCACAGCUCUUCUGACGUCACCAUUGGUCCCCGGCUCUUCCUGUCUUGCCCCAUGGAUGGAGACAGUGCCAGAGUUUGGUUCACCGACCUGUGGAACUACUCUCUCGUCCCAUAUCUGCUGGAAGCCGUGAGGGAGGGGUUACAGCUGUACGGCAAGAGGGCUGCGUGGGAAGACCCGUCUAAGUGGGUGAUGGACACCUACCCCUGGAGCUCCGCCUCCCUGCAGCACGACUGGCAGGGUCUCCUCCGGCUGCGGCCGGAGGACGUCGGCUACGACGGCUUCGGCGCCAAAGAGGGGGCCUCGUCCAAUCCGGUGUCUCAGAGCGAGAGCGAGGGCGACCCGCUGAUGACCAUGCUGAUGAGGCUGCAGGAGGCUGCCAACUUCUCGAGCGCCCAGGGCUGUGACGGUGACGGUGAAGGUGCCAGCUGCCACGACGAUUCCUCCAUGGAGUCCACGCUGUAAAGGGCGCAGCCCCACGGGGGGGUCUCCGAGGAGGGGGGAGCCGAGUGCCGUUUUGACCGGAGAGUCGUCUCAGUGGCGCUGCACCCCGGAGUGGGACGGGAAGGCUUAGGAGCGAGGGGUUAAGGGUUCGGGUUCGGGUUCGGGUUAGGGUUAGAGAAGGGGAAGGCGCGCGUGGCCACGAGGACACUGCGUUUAGAUCGAGUUGAUUGAGUUCACGUUUCAGUGCAUUUACUGGCACAUUGUGACACUUGGUGUCAAAGUGUAGGAUGAGUGCGGUGGGAAUACGUGCGUGUGUGUGUGUGCGUGUGCGUGUGUAUAGUGUCUGGAAACUGGAAUUUAAAUUUGAGUUUCUUCACUACGGACGUCUGCUGGGCAAAUAUUAAUUUUGUUCCGUUUACUGAGGUGCUAUGGAGACGGGCGUUACCAGUAGCCCGAUGCGGACCUCGGCCGACCCCCGCGGGGCUGCGCACGUCACUACGCCAGUCUGAGGUUUACAUGUCGCCGCCUCUUCAGCGACGCAACAUCUGGACAACAGCUACUGUGAAAUGCGGGACGGCGCCGACGACUGGACAUCUCUGCCAUGUGCCCAGUUGAACUCAUCCUGUGUGUUUGGGGUUUAUGUUGCGUGUGGAGGGCGGUGUGCCAACGCAGCUGCUCAACGGCGAGAGAAUAGAGAUUGAUUUUAUUAUCAUUAUUAUUAUUACUGUUGUUGUUGUUGAAACGCUUCUCAAAGAGUCUGAUGUAAGGAGGGAACAAAUGUGACAACGGUGCUUUCUCACUGCCUUAAACAUAUGAACACACGUGUGUUAGAGGGGUGCGAUGCGGCGUCUGAACCGCAGGUCCGCGAGACCGUGCCUUGAGCAUCAGGGGCACCGGGUGCGAACCUCUCUCCGUCCUCCCAGCGGAAGUGUUUUUGUGCGUCACUCAAGGAGGGCGACGGAGAAGAUGCUGGACGAUCCUUCCCACGAUGCCCCGGGACCGCCAGCCUCGACUUGUAAUUUCACCGUGGUAAAACUGUACGAGAAAACACGGCCUCGAGGGCCACGUAAGGGUAGGGUGGGAAUGGUAGGAAUACCGGUGUAUAAAGGGUAACGGGGCUGGGAGCGGGCGAACUGACUAGCGGAGCACAUUUUUUUCUUUCCGUUUUAAGACGAGCAGGAGCACAAAGCGGGAAAGGGCCGAAAGCGCCUCGUUCGAGUCCGCGGUGCGUAGGAGGUGAAGUGCGUCGCGUUGUGGGCGACCGAGUGACGUCGCUCACGUAGUUUUAAGUUCGACCGAAUUCCUUUCCCGUCGGAAAGCUUGCGGUUCCGACGGCGCCAGGAAACUGUAAAUAGGACACGUCGCACGAGAGCUCGAGAAACUGCACCCGUCGGAGCGUGCGCGCGCGUGCCACGCUUAACCGCUGACAAUUUUUUUACACUUCUUGCGCAAGCAAAGGGAAAAAAUAAGAAACUGUUGUAGACGGCUGUCUUGUGCCGGUCGGGCGUUCGGCCUUCGCCGGAGCCGCAUCGCCUGCUAACGCAUGUUCCGCUUCGGUCACGUUUCCUCACAUCCUGCAGUCAAAGACGCGGUCAGAGGAAGAGAGCAUGCCGCACCGUGCUGUACCUCUUUAUACCGCGGCGCGUGGAAAUGAACCGUCGACGCACCGAUUGAAAAACGGCAGCGACACCAGAGUAACGGCACCUUCCGCCAAAGAAAAUAGCGGCUGCGUCCCUGAUACGAGGACAAAGGUCCACGGCGAGAGUCCAGUGUGACGGCCCACGGUCACGCGCUCUCUCUUACUCUUACUCGCGCCAGCUGUUGGUCCCGUCAACGCAGCCGUCGCGCGAAAUUCCCGCAGAACUCAGAGUAAAUGUACUCGUGUGCAUCGACUGAGAAGGAGCCGUUGACUUUCUGGACUCGUCGUCACUCCAGCUUAGCCGUGCACCGUUGGGCCCGGGUGUGGGGGGUGAAGGAAGGCGGGAUCGGCGUUGACCGGCAACCGGUGCUACCACAAGUGCAGGAGACGUGACUGCGGUUUACUGCUCCCGCGUGCAGUCACUGGUGCCAAACCUCGGGACGAUCCGGCUUUCUGCCGGCGACUUGCUGGCAUCUCUCCCCCCGCCCUUCCUGCUCCCCCCGCGCCUCCGCUCGGCACACCCGGGACCAAGGUAUACCUCUCGCGCCAAACGUGUGGUGCUAAGGUCACGCCUCACGGCCGACGGGCUCGUGCUGGGUCGAUUCCGGGGUUUACGCCGUUAACGCCGAUUCGCUCCUCCAGGGAGCCGUAACUAGUGAAGCACGGCCGGGCAGAUCGCGUGCGAACAAAAGUACGGUACCCUGUUUCAGCCGCUCCGUCGUUGCUCUACCCGGCGCUUUGACCCGUCCCAUUUCACCGAGUGUCGGUCCUGUUUUUAUUUUCAAACAUUGUCCUUAAAUGUUUAUAUUUUGUACAUUUCUAUGUAACAUAUCAUGUAAAUAGACAGAGACAGCGAUUUAAGUCAUCCUGAAAAUUUUGUAGUCUUUGUAAAGCCCUAAUAAAUGGUAUUUGGUGUCCUGGAGCAAGAGGGACGACGAGGCUUUUCUUUCUUUUUCUUUCUUUCUUUCUUUCGUCGCUCUGUCCUCGCGGUCCUUUGGAGUCGUGCCGCUUUCUCCCUGUGUCCUGUUCCCUCAGCUCUCGGGGGCAGGCAUUCUGUCAGCUGACUUAUGAAACGUGUAAAAACUGAUGAAAUACCCCAAAAGUAGUGAAAUAAAGCCAAGGCCAUAUUUUGGUGUCAAAAACUGUUAGAUUUCGCUGAUUUCUUUAUAAUGGGGAAAAAAAUCAAAAACAUUGCAACUGGAGA